AUGAGAAAUUCUGUCAGUUGCAUUAUUCUUCUAUCCAAAGAAACACCACUAGUAUUCCUGGAGAGCUCCGGUUGUCUCACCGCCGUACUUGGAGAGUUCUGUCUGUCUUAUCGCCGUACAAAAUGGUUACUGAAUAAGAAACCGCAGCGUGCUUCUUCAUCUUGUCAGCGUUGGCUAGGACAUAAAUUAGGUACUUUCCUGACAUUUUCUCAAUAUUAUUAUCAAAUCAUUUCGCUAGCUAAGGCUUCAAAGAUGCCUGAUUGGUCGAAACUUCAAAGUGAUCUUGUAGGUGUAAUUCUUAGUCGUAUGGAUUUGAUUGAGGAUUAUCUGAAUUUCAGUAGUGUCUAUAAAUCCUGGCAUUCGGUGGCCAAGGAGCACAGGUUUAUCAGUAAUUUGCCUAGGGCUCCAUGGCUUAUGCUAGCCGAGGAGGAUGAUGGUGACGAAGAUGAUAAUACCUGUAGGAAAUUCUAUAGUUUCUAUAAUGACAUGAUUUUUAAAAAGAGAAUUCCGGAAGCCCAUGGGAAAGGAUGUAUGGAAUCCAUGGGAUGGCUCAUCACUGUAGGAAAAGAAGACGGUGAAAUUAGUCUGUUACAUCUUUUUUUGGGUGUACAAAUCCAGCUGCCCCAUCAAAAUACCACAACACUUUAUGAAUUCAAUCGCACUCGCUUUCCAUGGAUCUUUAUCAAGAAAGUUGUUCUCUCAGCUAAUCCUUCUCAUACACCUGACUAUGUUCUUAUGGUCAUUGAGGGAAAAACCGAGCGCCUGAGUUUUUGGAGACCAGGAGAUUUGUUAUGGACCAGGAUUACCAAGUCCAUCCGCUUUGGAUAUUUUAGUGAUGUGAUAUAUUUUAAUGGCAGCUUUUAUGCGAUCACUUAUGGUGGUUGCAUCCAAGUUUGUGAUUUCACGGGCCCUGAGCCUGCUAGUAUUCGUAUAAUAAUGCAGAUUGCACAAUGUAUUGAUUGUAAGUAUUACAUCCUAGAAUCACUAGGAUCAUUAUUUGCAGUCAUGCAAAGUGGUGUUGGUUUAAGGUAUGUCGAAGAUGAUAGCGAAAGAAUUCGUUUGACGUUCUUCCCAGCUAUAAAUGAUCAUGAUGAGAUUGAUUUAGAUGCUCACAUAUAUACGCCAAUCACGGAUUUAGGGGACAGAGCUUUUUUCCUGGGUGCUAAUGCUUCUUUUUCGGUCCAAGCCUCUCAAUUUCCGGGAAUCAAGCCCAAUCAUAUUUAUUUUACAGAUAAUUGUUUAGGUGCAUACCUCCACUCUGAAACAGGCGGCGGCUUGGACAUGGGGAUGUUCAACUUAGCCGAUAGUAGUUUCCAGCCACAUUAUGAUGGUGUUUCCCUCAGUCGUGUUUGUCCUCCAAUUUGGGUCACACCAACUCUGUGCUGA